CGUUUCCUUUCUUUUCUUCUGUUUCAAUUCCCUCUUUCUUCGUUAUCUCCUCCCCGCGUCCACCUAUACAUACACACACACACAUAUAUGUAUACAUCAUAAAUUGUAUAUACAUGAAUGAAUAUUGGUUGGUGAAUUGCAUUCAACUUCUGAAUUUUCAAUCAGAAAUGAAGCUGCUUUUCUGACUCUGACAUCCCAUGUUCUGAAUUUCAGGGAGAAUACGUAUAUUUAGGUAAACGCUUGAGUAGCAAUCUUGACAAGAUCAGUGCAGAUUUCUUUAACAGUUUUGGGAGAGUUUUGUUAGGAAAUAUAAAGUAUGUGCGAACCGGAUUCAGAUGUUGUAAAAUGGGGUCUUAAUUUUCUUGAUGUGGAUCAAAUUUUUAGCUCUACUUAUUAUGGUGAUAGUAAUCAACAUGACGUGAACAUAUGUCACGAACAAUACAAUGGAGGUAGUUAUCAAGAGAAUGAAUUCAACAAUGUCAAUAAUGACGAGAUGUUGGCUCAUUCUCUUCAACAAGAACUAUUGGAUCUUUCAAUUGAAGAUGGGAAUGAAUUAUCCAAUGUAGAGCAGGAUCAUCUGCAAGUAUCUGACUCCGUGGAGCAUUUGCAAUCAUCCAGUGAUACUCAAGAUUGGUAUGGUGGUCCAUCAUCGGAUAAUUAUUACUAUACAGGUGAUGAGCCAAGGUUACAGGAAAACGAGGAUAUGGGACCAUCGAGCUCAUGCUCCAGUCCUGAAAAUAGAUCUUAUGAUGGGGAUGAGUAUUCUUACAAUCUAGAGAUAACAGAUGACUCUGAGCUUGAUGGAGAAGUAGGCAAGAGACUAAAUGAAAUUAUCCGCAUUCCUCAUAUCCCCAAAGUUAAUGGAGAUAUACCUUCAGUUGAUGAAGCUACUUCUGAUCAUCAGAGGUUGUUAGACAGAUUACAGUUGUAUAACUUGAUCGAGUCCAAAGUUCAAGGCGAUGGUAACUGUCAGUUUCGUGCUCUAUCAGAUCAGUUUUACCGUUCACCAGAGCAUCAUAAAUUUGUGAGACGACAAGUAGUUAAUCAGCUUAAAGCGCAUUCAGAGAUGUACGAAGGAUAUGUACCCAUGGCAUACAGUGAUUACUUAAAAAGAAUUGCCAAGAGUGGAGAGUGGGGAGAUCAUGUCACGUUGCAGGCAGCUGCAGAUUCGUAUGGAGUUAAAAUUUUUGUUCUAACCUCAUUUAAAGAUACUUGUUCCAUUGAGAUUCUUCCGAAAGUUCAAAAGUCAAAACGGGUCAUUUUCUUGAGCUUUUGGGCUGAGGUGCACUACAACUCAAUAUAUCCCGAAGGAGAGUUGCCACCGCCAGAAUACAGGAAGAAGAAACGGUGGUGGAAUUUUAAACAUAGACAUCAGGCAUAUCUUGAUUAGUAUACAACUUGGGAGUUUCAUCGAUGGGCUGCUGACUUUUCAUUCUUAUAAUUUACAACGAAUAAGUUAUCAUUAUACAUCAUGUCAUCAUGUACAGCACCGUUUAUUUGUUCUUUAAUAGCUGAUGCUGAUUUAAUUAAACAUGCCUUUCUUAAAUCGGCAUGGGGAUUAUGACAACACUUCUAUGUAGCUUCUCAGAUUUAGUCAUUAAUAAAGUCUAUUUACAUUAGUUA